AUGACUCCUCCAGUUGAGAAUGGGGUCAACGCCUCAGUUACAAAUGGUACAAACGGAACGAAUGGCGCCAGCGGCUCUCAGAAGAGACCUAUCUAUGUUGCAGGGUGCUCCGGAGGUGUGUAUGACAGAAAACGAGCCAUCGAAGACAUGGCGAAGAACGAACCACAUGUUGACGUAAUCACCGGUGAUUGGAUGUCCGAAUGCAACAUGACGCUGCGAGGAUCAGACAAGAGAGAUAAGCUCGCAAAGAAGCAACUCUCGGCCGUCGGUGCAGCCUACGAGCCGUACUUCUUGGAGGAAGUCGAUCCUGCUAUUCCAUGGCUCGCAAAGAACAAGACAAAGAUCUGCGUGAACGCAGGCGCAAGUGACGUGGAGGGACUCGCUGAAGAAGUAAAGAAGCUGGUCGCGAAGCACGGCGUAGACUUGAAAGUUGCGUACGUCGAUGGUGAUGACUGCACCGACGCAGCGCUAGAGCUUUAUCGCAAGGGUGAAAACUUUCCCAAUCUCCCUGCCGGAAAGAACAUCCAGGACUGGCCUUUCGAACCGAUAUGCGCUCAGUGCUAUCUUGGUGCAACAGGUAUUGCAACUUGCUUUGCUGCUGGUGCGGACAUUGUUGUUUGUGGUCGCGUAGCUGAUGCUUCCCCUACCGUUGGUGCGGCGAUGUGGUGGCAUGGCUGGACGCGUGAGAACAACAUCCAGGAGGUUGCUUCAGCACUGAUGGUUGGCCACGUCAUCGAGUGCUCGACAUAUGCUACAGGCGGGUAUUACAGUGGCUUCAAGGACCUCGGUGUCAAUGAUACCGACAUGGGAUAUCCCAUUGCUGCCAUCGAGGCCAACGGUGAGGCAGUGUACACUAUGGAGAAGGGCAAACAUGGCUUGGUGAACAUCCAGACCAUCGCCAGUCAGCUUCUCUACGAGAUUCAAGGACCAUAUUACUACAACUCCGACGUUACCGCGCAGAUUGAGAAUGUAAAGCUCGAGCAAGUUGGCGAAAAUGCUGUGCGAAUGUCCGGAAUCAAGGGUUAUCCUGCUCCUCCGACGACCAAGGUUGGUAUCACAGCUAAGGGCGGUUACCAGGCCGAAUUCCAUUUCUAUCUUACGGGCCUGGAUAUUGAAGAGAAAGCCAAGAUGAUCGAAAGGCAAACGCGUGCGGCCAUGGGAGACUACGUGAAAGAGUUUACCUGCCUCAAGUUCCAGCUCGCGGGUGCUGUACCGGAAGAUCCUCAAUCUCAGAACGAGGCUACGGUUGAUUUGCGGAUCUUCGCCCAGACCCAAAAUGCUGAUCUGCUCUCUGCUGGUGCCAUGAUAGAUUCUGAUCGCGGCUCAUUCGCGCGCUUCUGUAUAGAGAACCUUUUACAGGGCUAUCCCGGAUCCACCAUGGCGCCCGAUAUGCGGACCGCGAUGGGUCGGCCCUUCUUCGAGUACUGGGUCAGCCUGAUGCCUCAAGAAUUCGUGAAGGAGCAGGCUCACCUCCCCGACGGGACUGUGGUUGACAUCCCGCCUCCCAAGGUGACGCAGGAAUACGACUUUAACCAGCCCUCAUACAAUACGCGAAACCCCGUCGAUCUUGCUUCCUUCGGACCAACGACUCGUGCACCCCUCGGUUACGUUGUGAUGGGCCGAUCAGGCGACAAAUCAUCCAAUUGCAACCUUGGGCUCUUUGUGCGCCAUGCAGAUGAGUUCGAUUGGCUGCGCACGAUCCUCAGUGUUGAGAAGAUUCGUGAGCUUCUCGGGAAGGAUGACGAGGGCAAGAAUAUUGACCGAUGCGAGAUGCCCAACAUUUAUGCUGUCCAUUUCUUGCUCAGAGACCAUCUUGACCGCGGAUUCAAUGCAACAAGUGGAUUCGAUAGCUUGGGCAAGAAUCUCUGCGAAUACAUAAGGUGUAAAUACGUCGACAUUCCGAACAGAUUCUUGGAGCGUGGUCGUAUUUGA